AUAUAAACCAUGUCUAAAUUACCACUUCAAUCAAAGGCUUUUCGGCCUAAAUUUCAAAAUAAGAGAGCCAUUUUUGGGGAUGAUGAAGAUGAAGAAUCCCAUGUGAACGAUGAACUUGUGGUAGGAUUUGAAGAUAAUAAAAUUAAAGAAGCUGUACCAAAAAAAGAAAUUGCACCUCUUAGUAUAUCACCUUUACCAAAUGCUGACUGGCGAGCUCUUGCUAAAAGCAAAAAAGAGCUAUAUGUACCUGCGCGGGCGCAGCAGCAGCAAUCUAGCAACGACUCGAAACCAGAAGUGCUUUUACAGUCUGCAACCUCGUUUGGUUUACAAAUUCAGAAAAAGAAGACCAUCACGAACGAAAACACGAGUGAAGAGACAACAACCAUUGAACAAGAUACGAUAGAAACAGUCGAGGAAGCACCCAAGACUUUAGAGGAACGAGCCAUUGAAGCACUUAUCAAAGAGUCGUUGGGCGAAGGAGAGGAUGAAGAAGACAAUAAACCAAAAAAGGUUAUUCAUGUCAAUGAAGCAUCGUUAUUAAAAGACGAUCUGGAAAAUAGACCUGACGAAACCACUAUGGAUGCCUACGAUAAUAUUCCAGUGGAAGAAUUCGGUGCUGCACUAUUGAGAGGUUUAGGAUGGAAUGAAGGUGAUGGUAUCGGUAGAAAUAGAAAAAAGGCACCUGCACCUCCCGCUCCACCUGUGAAACAAAGAGAGGCGUUACUAGGCUUAGGCGCUAAACCAGAAGAAGUAGACAAGGACAAUAAAUCGAAACAUAGACGCGCUGCAUAUGAGUACAAGGAUACAAGCUUAUUUAAAAAGAUUUCAAAAAGAAAACACGAUGAAGACAGUCCUAGUAGGGACGACAAGAGAAGAAAAGACGACCGAAGAGAUAGUAGAAGAGAUGAUAGAAAGAGUGACAGGAGUGAUGAUAAAAGAAGAGACAGGAGCAGUGAUAGAAGAAGAGACAGGAGCGGUGACAGAAGAAGAGAUAGAAGCGGUGACAGAAGAAGAGAAAAGAGUGAUGACAAAAGAAGGGAUAGAAGCAGAGAUGAUAGUAGACACAAAAGACAUAAAGAUGAUAGAAGGAGAGACGAUGACGAUGAUGACAGACGUAGUAGACACGGUAGUAAUAGUGGCAGUAGUAGUAGACGUCGUGAUAGAUAUUAAAGUUGUCACAUUUUGAACAUGAUAAAAAAAAUAAAAAAACCUUAAUCUGGUUGAUAUGAUUACGAACUCUAAUUGGAUGAGUGACACAUCAGAAAAAAAAAAGAAGAUUUGGAACAUUGCAAAUACGAAUCCCUCAAACUUCCUCUGGGUCUGCGUUUCAAAACCUUGCGUUCAUAGGAAAGAAUAUUGCGCCAUCGAUUUGUAUGAUUACUACAUCGUUUUUUUUUUUUUUUUUUUGUGUGAUAAUGCAGAAUAUAUAAAUAGAGAGGUAUCACAACACGUCUUAU